UGUCUCAUUCCGCUCACUCAAUUCCCGGCAACACCAGCAAGCAAGCGAGCAAUUCCACUCACUUUUUUGCCUCCUCUCCAGCCGUGAGCGGAACUCUUUUACGAAAAUUUUUAAGAAAUUUUUGAAAAAUUGCAAACCACUCCCUUCAAGAUGGAAGAGGUGAACGGUACGGUUGUUCACGAGGCUCACUUGGUGGCGGUGGAAGCCCCAUCGGAAGUUGAGACGUUGGAAUUGGGUGGGUCAGGAUCUCUCGAGCGGCGGUCGUUCGACCCAGUCGCGCACGAACUGGAUGCGACUUUCCGUCUCACAAAGUAUGCGGAUUUGAAAGGAAAUGGAUGUAAAAUCCCCCAGGAGGAUAUUGCCAAAUUGCUGAAAGGAAUUCAAGAUAACCCACAAGAUCAUGUGCAGCUUGAAGGAGGGGUUGGUUGCAUUGGUAUGGAUGCUUGCAUCAGUCCACUUCGUUAUGAAGGUUUCUGUGCUGUUCAAACUGUUGAUUUGUUCUAUCCUUUGGUUGAUGAUCCCUACAUUCAAGGGAAAAUUGCAUGUGCUGGUGUCCUGAGUAGCUUGUAUGCCAUGGGGGUGACUGAAUGUGACAACAUGUUGAUGCUCAUGGGCGUCUCUACCAAAUUGACUGACAAGGAGAGAGAUGUUGUCGUUCCUCUAAUAAUGCGAGGGUUUAAGAAUACUGCUAUGGAAGCUGGGACAAAUGUUCGUGGAGGACAAACCGUUCUAAAUCCCUGGCUGACGGUUGGUGGGGUUGCCAGCUCGAUUUGUCAAAGUCCGGAAGUGAUUAUGCCUGAAAGCGCUCUCCCUGGAGACGUUCUAGUAUUGACAAAGCCAUUAGGUACUCAUGUUGCAGUGACCGUGCACCAAUGGUCUGAUUUGCCGGAUCGAUGGAACCGCAUCAAGUUGGUGAUAAGUCAAGACGAAGUUCGUAAAGCAUACAAUCGAGCAAUGGACUCCAUGUCGAGACUUAAUAGAACUGCUGCGACUUUGAUGCACAAGUACGGUGCUCAUGCUGCUACUGACGUUGGUGGGUUUGGACUUCUGGGCCAUGCACAAAACCUUGCUCGAAAUCAAAAGGCGGAAGUGUCAUUCGUCAUUCAUAACCUUCCAGUAAUAGCUAGAAUGACCGCUGUUUCUAAGGCUUGUGGAACCACGUUUCCAAUCUUGCAGGGAUUAUCGGCAGAGACGUCUGGUGGGCUUUUGAUUUGCUUACCAAGAGAGCAAGCCGCAGCAUUCUGUAAAGAGAUCGAAAAGUCGGAAGGUUAUCAAGCGUGGAUCGUUGGUAUUGUCGAGAAAGGAAAUCGUACAGCCAGAGUCAUUGACAAACCUCGUGUCAUUGAAGUUCCUGCCAAGGAGAAGGAAGGCGAAUUGUGGUAGCCAGCCACAUCCACCACUCUGACUGCACCAAUUCAAAACUAAUAAAUGUUUUCUAUGCCCUAAACGUUAAUGUUGUAAAAUAAUUAUGCGGAGCAAGAUGGCGCAGAAUUUUAAGAUGCCACACAUUUUCUUAAUUUGGCGAUUAUUUUCUUACUUUCAGUGUGUAAUGAAGACAAACUUGUCUUCAGAUUCCUACGUAAAUUAUGGGUUAUCAAUUUAUGAUAUGAUACGUUUGUAAUUUUUCUAUCCGUGGGAUUUCUAAUUGAAUGUUAGCAUAUUAAAUAUAUUUACUCUAUUUUAGUUAAGAUAUUUUUACAACCAGUAAAAUUGUCUUUUUGAUCCGUAUUUACUAAUAUUAUUUUUACCUCUACAAUUUUAUAGUUCAAAAUGUAAAGACGAUUUCAUUAUCUUCAAUAAUCUAACAUUUAAUUAUAAAACCGUACAAAUGUUUGGAAAAUGUAUUCUCGAAUUUAAUUUUCAGGAAAUAAAUUCUAC